AUGACUCCUCAUCGCCGCCCCUUGUACUACAAUCCGGAUGCCCGGUCUUGGACAACGAAGGGCUUUAACUCCGCUGAUGUGGUUGAAGCCUUCCAUUUGCAGGUCGAAGGGUACCGUCCAUCUCCUCUUGUCUCUCUACCCAGUGUAGCUGAGUGCCUCGGGGUCGAAUCGGUCUAUGCGAAAGAUGAGACCAACCGACUAGGACUACCGGCCGUCAACAGCCUUGGCCUAUCCUGGGCUGUCUUCCGAGCGUUGACUGAACGACUGGGAUUGCCAGAGAGUUCCACUAUCGAGUCGGUCAGAGCGCGGCUGAUUACAAGCCCUGUCACUCUAUUCACUGCAUCGGACGGCAACCACGGACUCGCUGUGGCGCGCGUAGGCUCGCUCUUUGCAAUUUCCGUCCAGAUCUACGUCCCUUCGUAUACAACAGCAGACACUAUCGCCCUCAUCCGUGCGGAAGGUGCAAAGCUUGUUGUCGCACACGGCAAUUCGUACCGCGAGGCACUGUCGCAGGCACAAGCCGCCUCUCAUGAACAAAGUGGCAUACUUGUUCAGGAAGAGUCAACUCAUGGAAACCGGCACAUCCCGCAGUGGAUGGCGGAGGGCUACUCGACUCUCAUGCGGGAGCUCGAUAGCCAGCUCAUGGGAGAGAAAGCCGAUCUAGUAGUCUGUCCUGCGGGUACUGCCGCGCUUUUACAAGCUGCCGUAAACCACCUCAAAGCACCAGAAAGAAAUCCUAUGGCCUUUGUUGCUGUUGAGCCAGAUACAGCUCCGACCUUGUGGAAAAAAUUGGCCCGAGAAGAACCUGUUGGUAAAAACGGGAAUUGCGAGGCACUAUUUGAGGCUGCUUGGUCGGACUUGAUGCCCGGAGUGGAUGCCAGUGCGACGGUCUCUGACUAUGAGGCUCAUUUGGCAAGCCUUGAGCUACAAACCGCUGGUGUCAGUGCAGGAUUGGCUGGUGCGUCCGGACUGGCUGCUCUUCGACGGCUGGAGGAAUCUCACAGGGCGCAGCUGGGAUUGAAUGAGAACUCUGUCCUCGUUCUUUUAUGCACCGAGGGUCUUUCACCCUACACGACACCCAAGGAUGUCUCAUCCGACGAUGUCAUCACUCUGGCUCAGACUCUGGUGCAAAUCGACUCUUCCAACCCCGACUUUGGCUCGACGCCUGGUCCUGGAGAGACGGCUAUUGCCAACUAUAUCACCUCGUGGCUCCAGCAUCGUGACAUUGAGAACCACUGGAUUGAGCCCACUCCAGGACGGCCUUCCAUUAUUGGUGUUGUUCGCGGCUCUGGAGGCGGCAAGAGCCUUAUGUUCAACGGGCACAUGGACACUGUCACGUUGCUAGGCUAUAAUGGCGACCCUUUGAGCGGCAACAUUGUUGAUGGUAACAUGUAUGGUCGAGGCACUGCCGACAUGAAGAGCGGUCUUGCGGCUGGCAUGCUGGCGGUUGCAAGUGCCAAAUCGAAGAAGCUGAAGGGUGACGUGAUUCUCGCCGCGGUUGCGGACGAAGAGUCGGAGAGCGUUGGGACCGAACAAGUGCUUCAAGCUGGCUGGCGAGCAGAUGCGGCAAUCGUAGCUGAGCCCACGGAAAUGGCUUUGAUAAAUACGCACAAGGGCUUCGCGUUGUUCGAGGUCGACAUCCAUGGCGUGGCGGCUCACGGGUCUCGUGCCGACCUGGGGGUUGAUGCAAUCUGCAAAGCUGGAUAUUUCCUUGUUGAGCUCGACCGCCAUGCUCAGGAGCUCCAAGAGCGAUUUGGCAACGCAAAGCCGGAAACGGGGGCACCAAAUAUCCAUGCCGGCGUCAUCAAGGGCGGCGAGGAGAUUGCUUCCUACCCAGCCCUCUGCACCAUCUUCAUUGAGCGUCGUACAAUCUCCGGAGAGACUGCGGAAACUGUGAGGCUCGAACUCCUGCGCAUCUUGGAAAACCUCGCAGCAACCGUCCCAAACUUCAGAUUUGACUUGCGGUCGACCUUCUCGCGAGCUCCCUAUUUCAUUCCCAGGGAUCAUGACUUUGUCUCACUGGUCGCCAAGCAUGCCGCCCAAGCUACAGGCGCAAAGCCGAUUAUCAAAGGGGAAACGUACUGGACGGACAUGGCCUUGUUGAACGAGAAAGGUAUCCCUGGAUUGAUCUGGGGCCCUAAGGGAUACGGUCUCCACGCCAAAACGGAGUGGGUUGAGGUUGAGUCAGUGCGGCAUCUGGCGGAGGCUUUUAUAGAGAUUACGGAAGAUUUCUGUAAAUAA